AAGGAUAGAGGUGGCGGCCGCCGCCAAAAGCCGAGAACGCCCGAAGCAGAGCCGGAAGUGGAGCCGAGUGUGUCCGGAAGGAGCCGAGCCCGCCCGAAGGGAUCUGAACGCGGCUAGGCGUUGAGCCCAACGGAAUCCGCGCCAUGGCUGCGGCCGAGGGGACAGGGGUAGCUGGAGGUGGGGCUGCAGACAGUCGCCUCACCAAGAACAGUCUACAGCAGUCUAAGGGCCUGGGAGCCGUCCCAAGCCGGCGGCGCGCUAGGUCGCUGUCGCGUGACGCCGAGCGCCGAGCCUAUCAGUGGUGUCGGGAGUACCUGGGCGGGGCCUGGCGCAGAGUGCGGCCCGAAGAGCUGAGGGUUUGCCCUGUGAGCGGAGGCCUCAGCAACCUGCUCUUUCGCUGUUCACUACCGGAGCACCUGCCCAGCGUUGGCGAGGAACCCCGUGAGGUGCUGUUACGGCUGUAUGGGGCCAUCCUCCAGGGUGUAGACUCCUUGGUCCUAGAAAGCGUGAUGUUCGCUAUUCUUGCAGAGAGGUCGCUAGGGCCCCAACUUUAUGGAGUUUUUCCAGAGGGCCGGCUGGAACAGUACCUCCCAAGCCGGCCAUUGAAAACUCGAGAACUUCGAGAGCCAGUGUUGUCAGCAGCCAUUGCCACAAAGAUGGCCCACUUCCAUGGUAUGGAGAUGCCUUUUACUAAGGAGCCCCAUUGGCUGUUCGGGACCAUGGAACGGUACCUAAAGCAGAUCCAGGACCUACCUUCCACAGGCCUCCCUCAGAUGAACCUGGUAGAAAUGUACAGCCUGAAGGAUGAGAUGAACAAUCUCAGGAAGUUGCUAGAUGCUACCCCAUCACCAGUGGUCUUCUGCCAUAAUGACAUCCAGGAAGGGAACAUCUUAUUGCUCUCAGAGCCAGAAAAUGCCGACAGCCUCAUGCUGGUUGAUUUCGAGUACAGCAGUUAUAACUACAGGGGCUUUGACAUUGGGAACCACUUUUGUGAGUGGGUUUAUGAUUAUACCCAUGAGGAAUGGCCUUUCUACAAAGCACGACCCACAGACUACCCCACUCGGGGACAGCAGCUCCAUUUUAUUCGCCAUUACCUGGCAGAGAUAAAAAAAAGUGAGACCCUCUCUCCAGAGGAGCAGAAGAAACUGGAAGAAGAUUUGCUGACAGAGGUCAAUCGGUAUGCUCUGGCAUCUCAUUUCUUCUGGGGUCUGUGGUCCAUCCUCCAGGCAUCCAUGUCCACUAUAGAAUUUGGUUACUUGGAGUAUGCUCAAUCUCGGUUCCAAUUCUACUUCCAGCAGAAGAUGCAGCUAACCAACUUCUACCCAUCAUCCUGACCAUCCAACCACCAGUCAUAUUUCUGGAGCCUUCAGGGCAGGACCUUGGAGAGGGGGAAAGGGCAGCAGUCCAUGAGUGGGGACUGGACUGUACUGGCCUCUGUAACCUAGUUUGAGUAGCUUUCCAAGGUGGGCAGUGGGAACCCUUGGACUGUGUACCUUAAUAAAUGAGCUUCUUCAGAAAUAUAAA